CCUGUCAGUCAAGUUUAAGCUUCCGGGUGUUGCAAAAGACACCGUACAGCUGGACAGUAUUGGAAGAGGAGGAGAGUCAUCGAGAAAACUCAGGAUAACGAAGCUUUAGCAAAAUGAUGCUGUCAGAAGUCCUGCAGGUGAUGCGAGGGGCUGGUAAAGUGGGUUCUGCUCUGGUCGCCACGCAGGGAGAACAGCUCCGAUUAAUGGCCUGCAACUCCACCCUGGGAGCUGGAGUCAAAGCUGCUCAAGAUGUGGUGGAAGGACUGAUCGGCACGCUUAUGGGCGGCAGCAGUCAGUCAAUAAAGGAAGAUGUGUUUCCGGACGCGGAGGGCUGGGAGAAUAUGGACCCCGAUGAAGUAGCCAAAUGGAGUGUGGGGUCAGAGUUUCCCUCUGAAGGAGCACAUCCUAGUCCAGGGACAGCACCAGGAGGGGCAGGCUGGCCGGGACAGAGCACUCGUUUCCUCCACACCGCCCACGGCCUCCACUGGUUCUACUAUCAGACCAGAUCUGCCCACAACUCAGUGGUGGCCAGACUCACGCCAGAGGACAUCAAGAAGGCCAGAGAGGCAAAGCAGGCCCUGACUAAACCUACUAAACAGAAGCUGAGUGAGCGUGCCAAAGAAAGGAUAGUGCCUGCCACAAGAAUCAGCCGGCUGGCUAAUUUCGGGGGACUGGCAGUAGGACUGGGAAUCGGAGCCAUUGCAGAAGUUGCAAAACAGUCACUGGGAGGCAAACAGAAAGGAGACAUGGGCACCCUGCUAGACUCUGCUUUCUUGUCAGAGGCUAAUGCUGAGAGAAUAGUCAACACACUGUGUAAGGUUCGUGGAGCUGCACUGAAGAUAGGCCAAGCCAUCAGCAUACAAGACAACUCCUUCAUCAACCCACAGCUGCAGAAGAUCUUUGAAAGGGUCCGGCAGAGCGCAGACUUCAUGCCCUCAUGGCAGAUGGAUAAAGUUCUGGAGGAGGAGUUGGGGCCAGGCUGGCGAGAGAAGCUGUCGGCCUUUGAGGACAAACCGUUUGCUGCUGCUUCCAUCGGCCAAGUGCAUUAUGGGAUGUUAAAAGAUGGUAGAGAAAUUGCCAUGAAGAUCCAGUACCCCGGUGUGGCAGAGAGCAUUCACAGCGACAUAAACAACCUAAUGUCAGUCCUGAAAAUGAGCGUGGCCCUGCCUGAAGGUCUUUUUGCAGACAACAGCUUAGAGGUCCUUCAAAGGGAGCUGGAAUGGGAGUGUGACUAUAAGAGGGAGGCAGAGUGUGCCAAGAAGUUCAGGUCACUGCUGGAGGAAGAUGAGUAUUUCCAAGUCCCUGAGGUGAUCGAUGAGCUGUCGGCACGCAGAGUGCUGGCCAUGGAGCUGGUGCAGGGAGUCCCUUUGGACCGCUGUGUAGACCUGGACCAGGAGACGAGGAACCAGAUCUGUUUCAACAUCCUCCAGCUGUGUCUCAGGGAGCUCUUUGAGUUCAGGUUCAUGCAGACAGAUCCAAACUGGGCCAACUUCUUUUACAACUCAGACACCAACAAGGUUAUUUUGUUGGACUUCGGAGCGUGCCGAGGCUACCCAGAGUCAUUCACAGACGACUAUAUACAGGUGGUUCAUGCAGCUUCUGUGGGAGAUCGAGCCACCGUUCUUUCCAAAUCAAAGGACUUGAAAUUCCUCACAGGCUUUGAGACCAAGGCCUUCCAGGACGCCCACGUGGAGGCGGUGAUGAUCCUCGGUGAAGCCUUUGCGUCCGCCGAGCCCUUCGACUUCGGCACCCAGAGCACCACCCAGCGCAUCCACAGCCUCAUCCCCAUCAUGCUGCACCACCGCCUCACCCCUCCACCCGAGGAGUCGUACUCCCUCCACCGCAAGAUGGCCGGCUCCUUCCUCAUCUGCUCCAAGCUGAAGGCCCGUAUACCCUGCAGGGACAUGUUCCUGGAUGUGUACAACGCCUACAACCAGAGGAGGCAGGCCCAGCAGGUGGCGCAGGUGAGUGCUUAGACACUCAAGGACUAAAUUUGCCAAGAACAUUUCCAGAGCUGGCUCCUGAGUACAAGGACAGAUACAUUUAUUCCUGAAUCCAGAGGUGGAGACGCUGCAUUGGACUUGCUUAAGGCACUACACUCCGUCUGUAGGUAACUGACUGCUGCCAAGGUGCUCUAAUGAGGACCAGGACGGUUUGUGACUUUUUCAGCUUGACGUCUGUGUGGGGGAUUGGUUUUGGGGUGUUUCUCAGAGUCUUGCUGAGGUGUGACUGAGGUCAUGUACAGACAAAAGUCAUGAAUUAUAACGAUGUUAAACUGAAUUUGUGUGAAAACGAUGUCAUAAAUAUAUAUGGUGAAGCUCAGUAGGCUCAUUACUGAUUAAAUAUUAACAUUUGAUUCCUGCUGUCACAGCAAACACACAAUGAAAGGCUACAGUUUUUCAGAGAAGGCAAGAUGUAUUUAAGCAUGCUGCCAUGGCUAAAAUUAUUUCAUCCCUUCUUCUAGAAAAAUUAAAGUCCACCAUAUUUCUAAAAGAAUGAGUAUCCUGUGACUUGAGGCCCUGCGUUGAAUAGCUGAUGCUGCCAAUCGCUCUCCUUUGUUACAAGGACUUUGUGUGGCGCCUGAUGAGUUGGUGAAUAAAGCUUUCACCUAAAUGUGAUGGCUGCCUGACUAGACGAGCAGAUUAUCAGAGGAAUUAGAGAAGACAGUCUAAUGGAGCCCUGCUGAGUAAUGGCCUGCAUUGUAAAGUGUACUUGACAUAAAACUCCACGAUAUGAAAAGCGUCAGUCAUUUUUAACACUUCUUCAUCGCAAGGACGUGUGCUGUAUCCUAAUGACAGAGUGCUAUGCAUGUUCUUUUUCAUGAAAUAAAAUGUGAGAGAGA